CCUACCUUUCCGGGGUUCAGUUCGUCUUCGUCUCAAGUCGACACUCCUACUUUGCACCUCGCAGGGGCCGGAUCGGCACUCUCCCCUGCUUGUCAAUUGUGGCCGUCCUCGCUUCAUCUCCUUCGAUUCUUCUUCCUCAGCCUUUCCUCGCUGCCACUCCUGUCACGGGGCACUGUUCUUCCUCGGCAGACGCAGCAGCAGGUGCACAAUACGACGAGCUGGCUUCGUCGAUACACCUGGGCCCCUGGCAUUUCGACCACACCCGAACACCAGGAGUCGAUCAACUACAAACACCGUCAUAACCGACUCGAUUCGCUCAACCACUCAUUCUUCCGACGUCCGCCACGACCAACUGGACCUCAAGCUAUCAUCAUAGCCCUUCGAGCACAUCUCGAAUCUUCCAAGCAGACCAUAAUCAUCCACUCCACACAACUACACGACCAACACAAUGCCUAAAGGCCACCACCGCUCCCGCUCGUCCAUAGACCGGACUCUCGAUCUGCUGGCAGAUCUCGACGAUGGCCAGCUCGAGCUGCUUCUCCAGGAGGCCAAUUCCUCGGGAGACGCCCACGUUGCCGUUGCUCAGGCCAUCACCCUCUUCGAGCGGCCCCUCUCGCCUCCGCUCUCGCCGCGGUCCUCCAUGCUGGCCCGCGGCGGGCCCCAGGCUCCGCGCAAGUUCCUCACCUCGCUGUCGCCUCGCAAGGGCUCGCUGCGCCGGAGGACGAGCAACAGGACCUCCUCGGCUCCAGAGCCGCGGACUCCCAAGAGCCCGAAGCGGACGUCGUUCAUAUUGGCCAAGAAUGCCAGCGCCAACAUUGACGUCGUACUCGCCGCGGAGGAAGACCCCAUUCCGACUACCACCACCACAGCUCCCAGUAGCAUGGCCGACGCGGACAAAGCCGCCGACCAGCCUCCCCCCACGCCAAAAUCCCCCAGAGCUACCGCACCACCAGUUUCAUCACCAAAGACAACAAGCAGCAGCACCAAGACGAGCCGUGCAUACAAGCGAAUCAGCAGGCCGUUUCCGCUGCUCUCCCCGGGAAGCUUCGACGGCAGCAACAGCACGGCCGGCACACCGCAGAUCCACGACCUCCUGGCGGCAUAUUUCCUCGAAGGCUCGACGGCCCCCGCCCUCUCCUCGUCCGGGUCCAGCACCGACGGCUCGUCCCCAAUCACGCCUCGCUCGUUCUCGUCGCCCUUUGCAGCUUCCCCGUCUGUUAUCAGCUGGGCCCAGGCAGAGGCCGAAGGGCCCGACUCGCCCUGGGAGGACGUGUUCGAGCCCUCGCCGAGCAGGAGGAGAGGUCCUGCGGCGGCGGCAGCGCCCUUCCCGACGAAGCCAAGCAAGGGCCAGAAGUCGUAUGGCGACAAUCUAGGCCUGGGUUUUGGCAUGAGUCCAAUGCGCGAGCCAUCGAGGAAUAUCAGCGGCAUCUUUGAGGUCCUCGGCCCUAUCUGAUUCAUCCCCCCUUUUUUGCGCCUCCGGGACGAACCGUUUCGCGGGGUUUGGAUUUCAGGCUUUGGUCGUGUGACCUAAGCAAAGAUCAUGGCGGCAAACACCCCAAGGUGCUCGGGGAAAGUAUUGCUUGUGUGGGCAGAUCUUGUAUGAUCUUUGUGUAGCCUUUUGCCGUCAAAUUGUUUGUAUAUCCGUUUGUCCAGAUUUUUGUUUAGCAGUAGGCACCUGUCGUUAUCUGUCAUUCUCUGAAGGGCACUUCUCAAAGUCCCUCUUCAAGUCGUCUAUACCACCGCAUCAAUUUACGGAAUCUCUUGUUCCUUUCCUUGUACCAUUAUUGUCUGUUGUGGAAUUUGUCUUGGGCAAAUAUAAAUUGACAGUUGUUCAUGUUCAA